AUGACAGAGCCACGUAUGCGCCUGCGGCAAAAAGGCCAGCAGUUCCCUACACAAGACUCACCCUCGAUGCGCACCGUCCACCCCAGACCCCCAUCACCACCUCCACCACCAUCCACACCCAAACUAACCCUCCACCCCUUAUCCACAGUAGAAGCCUUCCUCCUCGCCUUCGGCGACAACGACUACCCCCUCCCCGAAACCAUGCGCGUCCUCGACGAAAUCAUAACCGACUACAUCAUCGAAACCUGCCACGAAGCCGCGUCCGUCGCGCACCACGCCCGCCGCGCCAAGAUCAAGCUCGACGACUUUAAAUUUAUGCUAAGGCGGGAUACGGGGAAGUUGGGCAGAGUGUCGGAGAUGCUGGAGACGGAUAAGGAGCUCAAGAGGAAGAGGAAGGCGUUUGAUACUGAUGAGGGGGCGGUGCUGGUGGAGAAGGAUGGUGGGGGGGAUGGGGAAGGUGGUGGUGGAGGUGGUGGAAGGGAAGGAGGGGGUGGGGGGAAGUUGGGGAGGCCGAGGAAGAAGGUUGAUGGUGGGGAGGGGGAUGGGGGAGGGGAGGAGCCGAAGAAGAAGAAAAAGAAGAAGAAGGUUGAUGGGGGUGGGGAUGAUGCUAGUACUGUGAGGAGUGGAUGA